UGUUUUGUGCCACUUAUUGAAUUAAAGAGAAAUAUUAUGAGAUAUGGGAGUAGGGUAUUUAAGAUACAACAUAGCACGAAUGAUUUUCAUUUUAGUGCGGUAUACUUUCACAAAAGGGUGUUGAUAGAAUCAUCUUUAAGAAAAAAAAAUGACUUUUAAACUAUUAUUUGUACUGGCCUUUACUGUUGGCACAUUUUCCGUUCUCUAUGCCAAUAAAAUGUCAUGUGAAACUUGCAAUGGACUAAUGUGUCUUGUAUCAUCCCUAAGGGGUAUCAAAGAAGAAUGUCUUGGUGAAAAUGAUUACUGCAUCAGUGCAUUUUGCAAUUCACUCAUCAUGGCAAAAGGAUGUGCAUCUUCAACUAAAUUACCACAAUGUUCAUCCCCUGAGGAAUUAAGCAUAUAUUCAUGUGAUGAAGAAAGAUGCGCAUCACAACGACCAAUUGCUCGUGGUAUGGGCCUAGCUGAUGUGAGAGUAACUGCCUGUGUGCAAUGUAAUCAGAAAGACAGCCAAAGUUGCUCAGUGAAUGCAUUCACACUACCGCCAACAGCGUGCUCUUCGGCAAAUGGUGAAACACAGUGUUAUACAAAAAUGGACAAUGGACUAAUUUCUCGUGGUUGUUUGAAUCAAUUAAGUCAGGGUGAACAAUUGUAUUGCUUAUCUGAGGAUUUUGGUGAAAAUUGUGCCAUAUGCAAUGUGAAUGGGUGCAAUAGAGACAUUUUCCCAGACAACAGACUUAAAUGUCAUCAAUGUGAUUCUGCAACUGACCCAACUUGCAACAUUGCAAAAUCCACACGUACAGCAACAUUUUGUGAUGAUUAUUCACAAGAAAUGCAAUGUAUCACGCUUAUAAGGAAUGAUAAACGUGUACAGAGAAUGUGUUCAAAAACUCCAUUUGAGCAGUGCAAUAAUGGCAUCUCUUGUAAACGAUGCAACACAAAUGGAUGCAAUAAUGAAGGAAUUACAAUCAAUGAGAUAAGUCAAUUGGAUCAAUGUCCAUCACCUACACCUGCACCAUCUUCCACAACACCAACCAGGCCAACUACCUCGACAACCACACAGAGCACAACAACCCCAGCAAGUGGAGGAUCUCCUAAAAUUUGGCAUUUACCACUGAUUGCAAUUCUUGGACUUGUAUUGAUUAAUUUUACAAUUUAACCAACUACUUGUUUAAUUACUUCGUGGUUAAUGCAAUAAAUUGUCUUAUCAUUCGAAAGAAAAAAAAA